AUGUCGCCUACGCAAGCUUCCGAGCAGGGCGAUGACGCUGUCGUCCAUGCCUCCCGCCCUCCUCCGCGACCCAAGCGGUCGAACUUUGAUCAGGAGCCCAAUCCGUUCGAGCAGUCCUUCGCUGGCCCUACGUCUAGCAUCCGCUCCUCUGCCCGCCAGAACUCGAACGAGUCCAAGGCUACCGACGAUGGCGCCGCCCGCUCGGAAACUUCCGAUCGGCGUUCGCCCGGCGACGACGAGAGCAAGCCGACGCUGCCCCCGCUCGCAUCCAUCUCCUCGCCCUCGGACCAGUACCCAUGGGGCUUCCCCAACACCGCCAACGCCGCCAACUCGCUCCGGGCCGGCCCGCUGUCCCCCGCCAUGCUCGCCGGCCCCGCCCAGGCCAACGGUCAGGAGGGCCAGAUGGCCUUCGACCCCUCCAACUUCCGCACCGGCCUCACCCCGCGCACCGGCCUCACGCCUGGCACCGGCCUGACCCCCCUCAUCGGCGGGCCUGUCGCUUUCCCACCGCCGUCACCCGGGACAGCUGCCUUCCUGAACAUGAUGAACAACGCCGCUGCCGGUCCCGGCGCGGCCACGAUCACGCCCAACACGCUCAACGCUAUCACCGGUGUCCUCUCCAACACCGCCAGCAAUGCCCAGCCCACACAGGGACCCCACCCUCUCUCUGUCUCACAUGUUCCUGACCGGUACGACCGCAACGGUCAGCCAAAUCACGCCCCAAGUCAAAGCCCGACGCAGGGUCACCCCAAUGGUCACUCAAACGGCCACCAUGGUCAGGAGAACUACGCCGUCAGUGCUCAGCAUGCUCAGAACAACGCCGCAAACGGACUCUUCCUCCUUUCUCAGGCCCACCAGGAGCUGACAAAGCGCGAGGAGGCUCAGCGUGCGGGUCAGUAUGCCCACCAAGUGCAACAACAGCCGCAACAGCAGCAGCCCGCACCGCCAGCCCCCACUCAGAAUGGCUCGCGUCGUGGUACAAAGCGCAAGAACACCGACGCCGAAGCCCCUGCUCCAGUCGCCAAGGCACCCGCCAAGCGCACCCGCCAGAGCGCACAGAACGUGCACGUCAAGGCGAGCCCGAGCAUCGACGAGGAGGAAGAGGACGACGACGACGAUAUGAUGAGUCAGGACAUGUCCCCGCCGGCCGCAAACGGCAAGAAGGGUAACAAGAAGCCUGAAACGGAGGAGGAGAAGCGGCGCAACUUCCUGGAACGCAACAGACAAGCUGCACUCAAAUGUCGCCAGCGCAAGAAGGCCUGGCUCGCACAACUCCAAGCCAAGGUCGAAUUCCUUACCCAGGAGAACGAGCGAUUGCAGUCGGCCCUGGUUAGCGCUCGGGAGGAGAUCGCGCGUUUGAGCGCCGCUGCCGUUAUCCCCGGUCAGGUAGUGCAGCACGGCGGCGCGCCCGUGGCCGUUAACGUGAGCCUUCCGCAGGGCGGGAAGCCCCAGAACGGCAGCGCACGCGGGUACGGAUACUGA